UUGCAUGUGGUGGAGUGGGGCGAGGGAGCUGUCAGGCUUGGUAACCAUUUAAAGCCGGUUGAAAAGCUAUGGCCCGGGUGCUGAUCGUUGGUGCCGGUCUCACUGGCAGCCUGUCCGCCUCCCUGUUACGCAGAGAGUUGCCGAACCAGCUACAAAUCUUUGUCUGGGAGAAGGCGAGAGGCGCAGGAGGAAGAAUGAGCACCAGCAGAAGUCCCCAUGACCCAAACUGUAUGGCUGAUCUGGGAGCACAAUACAUUACAGUAACACCAUUCUAUGCAGAAAAGCAUCAGAGUUUUUAUGAUGAAUUGUUAUCACGUGGCAUUUUGCAACCAUUGCUCAGUCCUAUUGAAGGAAUGGUAGAAAAAGAAAAGGGAGUCCAUAACUAUGUGGCCCCUCGAGGGAUUUCUUCUAUUGUCAAACAUUAUCUCGCAGACUCAGAAGUGUACUAUAAUCGCCAUGUUACCCACAUCAACCUGAAAGAGGGCAAGUUGGAGGUCUGCAGUAAUUCAGCUCCUUCAGAAAUGUUUGAUGCAGUUAUUCUAACGAUGCCUGCUCCACAAAUUCUUCAGCUGCAAGGACAUAUCGAGACUUUAAUAAGUGAAUCACAGAGGCUGCAACUGGAAACAGCAAGAUAUUCCUCUCGGUUUGCUUUGGCCCUUUUCUAUGAAGCCGGCACGCAGAUUAGUGUCCCUUGGGCGGCAAAGUACAUCGUCAAUAAUCCCUGCAUAAGGUUCAUCUCCAUUGACAAUAAGAAACGCAAUUCAGCAGAAUCCCCUGAAGUUGGACCUUCCAUAAUUAUUCACACUACAGUUCAGUUUGGAGCUCAGAACGUGCAGAAAGAUAAGGAAGAGGUAGAACCUCUCAUCCUCGAACAGCUACAACAGAUCCUGCCAGGAUUGCCCAAGUCUAUUGGCAUCAAGUGUCACAAAUGGAGAUACUCGCAGGUCAUCAAUUCCAUCCCAAACUUUCCAGGGCAGAUGACGCUUAAAGAACAGCCACUUCUUGUGUGUGGCGGUGAUGGGUUUACACACUCAAACUUUGACGGUUGCACAGAAUCUGCUUUAACAAUCUUGGAGGUGUUCAAAUGUCAUUUUUAAAAAUCUGUAUCAUGUAAUUCUAAAUAGUUUGCUUUGUCUCAGAUCUCAAUUAUUAUUGCAAAACACCAUUAAUAGACUGCAGUUGUGUGUGUGGAUGGAAUCAAUAGCAUGACCCCGCCCCUAACCCCCAAGAGAAUUUGGUACUGUUAUGACACGGGAUAAAACCCUCUGCUAAUUUAAACCAGCAGCACAAAAGAUUCACCCCGUUAUGUAAUUUGUUAAAAUUCAGGAGGCAAAGAACUAUCCCAAAGUCACUAUUAAAAGUAAAACAAAUUUAAGGACUUUAUUAUUUAAGUCUAACAAAGAAUAUUAACUAACAACUAUUUGCAACUCCUUUCUCUUAAUCUAUCUUUUACCUCCCCCUCUGGUCCGAUAAAACUCCCCGAUAAAGAUUUACAAAAAAGUUAAAAUUUCAAAACCAGCCAGAUGUCGAAUCAUCUCUUUAUAUCUUCCUCUGUCUUCUUUUCUUCUUCUUAGGGUUUCUGUUUCACAGGUCAUUGAAAGAUAAAGGUACCUUUAAGAGAGCUAUUCUAAGAGCACUCUGCAAAUGUUGGUGGCUUGGCAGUUCUCCUCGAACAGUUCAAUUUGUUUCAGUUUUAUACCUCAAAGCAUCAGAUCAUUUCGUUGGUUUUAAUAUUGUCAAAAUAUCAAAUUCAAACUUGAUUAGAGUUUAGUAUCUUGGGGCAUAAUUUAAACUGAUUGACCGAAUUUGAAUUUGUUUUAGUUACAUAGCAACCCAGGAACUGCUAGCUGCUGGACCAAAUGUUACACUGUAAAUGUUCCGUAUUCUGUGUGCUUUAAGUCCUUGCUAGCUUUCAACUCUCUUAAAAUACUGCUUAUAUUUUCAUAACAGUACAUACAUCAUAUUUGCAUCUGAUCCAUAAUAUAAUGGGAAUUGGUGUUAGACGUUUGACAUUAGGAUCCAGGGAGACAGUGCUAAGUGGACUAAUAAAUUUACUAACAGUUGCAAUGCAAGGAAGAAGUUGGUGAUUUUGUGCGUAGUGACUAUGUUUAUAUCUCACAGCAUUAGAAAAUCUAACUCAAUCAAACUUCACACUACAUGUUCCAUGUAGCAAAAUCAUUUUAUGUCCCAAACUACAAAUCCAGGCAGUCGUCAUAAAAAGGUAACAUUUUUAUUUAGAUUUGACUUCUCUUCCAAAAAAGUAAAUGUCCUCCACGUGGAUGUAUUAAACAUGUGACAAUCUGGUGAGAGGGAUAAUAGAUUUGUUUGCUUUCUUCAGUACAGUCAGAAUUUUCUCAGGGGAGAGAGAGAUACAAAACCAGCCUUCAACUUUCUCUCUGCUGAUGCUCAGCAGUGACACAGACUUGGAUUCUUCUCACUGAGGCCAACGAUGGAACCCUGUGGAAACAGUGCGAUCACAGGCACCAUGCCUGGUGAGGUGCACUAUUCACAGAAGCAGCAUGUGAAUUGGCUGCCUCUGUGUUUGCCAUCCUAUGAAGGAUGUUGGACAGACUUCACCUAAACAGUGGGCCAGCAACCCUAAGAUCUCUGCAACAUGAGUGGGAGAGGGGUUUUCUGUACAUUUCUGUGACCCAUGGAAUACUUUUCAGCUGUGGAAACAUGUCCAGAAGCUGUCCUCUUACCUCCCAACCACCCUCCACCACUUCUGAGACUGUAGUCACCCAGCCAGGAAAACUCAGUCUGUAGUGAGCAAAGUACCUCACAACAAGGGGAGCAGGAGAAGGAUCAGCUUCAUUAACAUAACAUUUACGUAUGUUCAAAUCUUAAACUUGCCCCCUUCACAAGCACCCAUCCAAAUUUCUCAGGACAUUUUUCACUUACAUAAUCAAUGUUGCUUACUGGGUGACCAGAGGUAGAAAAGUAAGCUAAGGUAACAUGCUUUCUCUUGGCUCCACUCCUAUCAUAUCCUUAUCUGUCACCGUCUGAUCUCCAGUAAAUGAGAAUAUAAUUGGGAACUAAUCACCAUAAUCAAGCACUGAGCAUUAUAGAAUUCCAACACACACAACAGCAAAUGAAAAACAGAUCUGAAUGGUGGCUAUUUCA